UGUUAUGUCCUCUACCGCAUCCCCACCCUGUCUCUUCGAUGGAUCUAUAUCGGAAUCCUCCUAAAAUGUGUUUUUCCUUUGCGCAAAAUUGCACAACCUCCUGCUCCAAACUAGUCAUUCGAAAGACCCUUGGUGUUCAAGAAAAAAGUUUGAGAGUCACUUCCUAGGGGGCUACCACCAACCAGGCUGCUGCUGCUGCUGGAGUUUUUCCAGGCGAUGCUUUUGCUUUUUGCAGGACACUGCAGGCUCCUCCCUUGCACGACGUCACCCGAUCCCGAUCUCUCCCAAAUCCUCAGCGAUAGUCGGCAACACAACACACUGAAUGUGGAGGCACUGGCAGAUCAGCGGGGCUGUGCGUAUAGCAGGAUAAAGCUACACUGUAUUUCAUUUAAAAAAAACAGAACGAAGAAAAGAGGGGGCGCAUCCAUCCCACCAUUCCCAGAGUUCCAACAACUUCACCGGCCUAGUAGUGUGCUGAUCUCUCCGGCUGCACACAGGGAGAACCGGGAACUUACGGAACUCAAAACACGGACGGUGCCAGCAGAUCAUCUGUUAGGUGCCUUGUCCAUUUUUGCAUACGGAAGAAAAAAAAAGGCGACAUUUCCCCGAAGGAAGUCUCCAAGUGUUGGCAAACUUCCCAGCUUCGCAGCAUCGAUCGAGGACCUCCCGCCCACUUUACCUCUGAUCCCCGAGUCUGUGCGGAGGGAGAGAGUCGUGCAGCCGCUGCGGACGCUGGAUGCAUGGAGCAACAAAGGCUACAUGCCUAAACUCCAAUAGCUGCUCUCCUCGCCUGCUGUUUUCCAAAAGACUCCCAUCACCUAAACCGGUCAAAUCGGCAGCCGCUUGGAUCUCAUUUUUCAUUUCGGCGAACCCGGGUCAGGUUUCUACUUAGAGCAAACUCUGCCAGACAGCCAAGAAAUCGUCGCAGACGUGAAAUUGGAUGCUUUGGCACGGAGAAGCGCAACACCGAUCCUCUAGUUUUACGAAAGUCUCCUACUGCUCAGUGAGGGAGAUCGACUAGUUUUGGACCAAAGUGGGAUUUGCACAAGUUGCAUGCUUGGUCUUUGUCGUCUCGAGUGAGACCCCCCGUUCAGCAACCCCUCAGGUUAUCAAACGAGAUCCGGCGGAUAGUUGAGGUGCCAUGGCGAUGUGUGUGGGGAUAUGGAUACUCCUGCUAGCGCUGCACGUCCAAGGUAAGCCGCAGACAUCAACGGGGAAUCAUCCAACACAUACUGGCAGCGGGCAGAUGGUACAGAUGGACUCCAAUAAGUCCGGCUUUGUGGGCUCACAAGUGGAACUGCGCUGCAUUUUCGUCAACAGUAACCCACCGGUCAAGAUCUCUCAAGUCACCUGGCAGAAGGUCCUCAACAGUAGCAAACAGAACGUGGCCAUAGCCAACCCGGCCCUGGGCGUGUCCGUCCUGCCGCCCUUUAAGGAGCGAGUCACCUUCAAGCAGGCCGCAGUCCGCCAUCGCACGCCCUCGCUGGAGGACACCACCAUCAUGUUCUCCGAGCUCCAGCUGUCUGACGAAGCUACAUACAUCUGCGAGUAUACCACAUUUCCUGCGGGAAACCGGGAAAACACGGUCAACCUCACUGUAUUUGCUCGGCCUAUGACACGCAUGACUCUGACAACGCCCACAAUUGUGGCCAGGGCCAGCAAACGCAAGAUGACUGUCGCCACUUGUGUGUCAGCCAACGGGAAGCCGCCGAGUGUGAUCAAGUGGGACACCAGGUUGAAGGGCGAAGCCACGUUCCAGGAGACUCGCAACCAAAACGGGACGGUGACGGUACGGAGCAAUUACGUGGUGGUGCCGAGCCGUGAGACCCACAAACAGAAGCUGACGUGUAUCGUGACGUACCGAGGCGAAAGGAUCUCAGACAGCGUGGUGCUCAACGUGCAGUACGAACCCGAGGUUAAGAUCGAGGACUUUGAUGGAAACUGGUUCCUGAACCGUCAGAAUGUUCAGCUGACCUGCAGGGCUGAUGCUAACCCCCCUGUCACCAUCUACCAGUGGAAACUCUUGAACGGUUCUCUGCCCAGUAAUGUGGAGAUCAAGAACAACACCCUGUUCUUCAAGGGACCGGUGACCUAUGACCUGGCCGGCACGUACGUCUGCGACGCCACCAACAGCAUCGGGACUCGCACUGGCAUUGUGGACGUCAACAUCACAGAAUUCCCUAACAACAUGCCACGCGGGGGCGAGAUCUCGCAGGAGCCGCACAAUACAGGCGCCGCCAUCGGGGGCGCCGUGGGGGGAGUGGCCCUGUUGGGCGUGGCAGCCAUACUGCUCUUCGUAUUCCUGCGCCGCCGCCAGCGCACCUUCAAGGGAGACUACAGCACCAAGAAACACGUGUUCGGUAACGGGUACAGCAAGGCCGGCGGCCUGCCCGCCCACCCCCCCAUCCCCAAGAACCUCCAGUACCCGGACGACUCGGACGACGAGAAGAAACCCGCCCAGAUCGGCGGGCCCGGAGGGUUUGAGGCGAGCGAGCGCGAUUUUGACGGCGAGCAGGAGGACCUGAAGAGGCCCUAUUUCACCGUGGACGAAGGAGAGAGCCGAGAUUAUGACGAGCGGACUCUGGCCUUCCAGUAUGACCCUGAACCUGAGAUAGCCGACGAUAUGGUCUCUCAGACCGAUGGCUCUGUCAUUUCUAAGAAAGAGUGGUAUGUGUAGUGGCAUGCAACCGCCAAGCCAAACCCUUUGUCCCCACCAACCUGCAUUCCACUGCACCCUUCACCUCCAUCACGACCCCGCCCUCCCAUUCGUCACACUGCAACCCUUUCACAGUCCCACUCCCUCUUUUGGUCCACUUAGUACCCCCCCUUCCCCCUGACCCCCACCCCCCAUCAAACCCCAUCCAACUAAUCUCAAUUAGAAGAGCAAGCGUCUAUUUAAUGUGCUAGCGACAUCAACUUCUCAGCAUUGGUAUCAGUUCCAUCAGGUGAAUGGGCAAAGAAUACAAACUAAGGUAUGUAAAUGGACUCGUUGUCCAGGGAGGUGAUUGGUUACUUCAUACUGAUGUAAUAUUCUUUUUGUGUAUUUUGUUUUUUCUUUUUCCAUGUUCUAAAUGUAUUAAAUGUAUAAAAAGAGACUGCAGGUUGAGGUUUGUUUUUGCUGAGCACAUUUGUGAAAGUCCUACACUGGAUGUGCGAUUAGUUAGUUUUUUUUUUUUUUAAUAACCAUUGCCUUUUUUUAUUAUUUUUUAUAAUGUCUUUUUGUAUGAUUUUUCAAGUGACCAGAUAAUUGAGAGUUAACUGUUUGACAUAAUUACAGGUGGAGUGCUACGUGUUUGUAAUGUUGUGGUCAAAUGUUUCAGAGAAAAAAAAAAAAAGCCGCCGCCACCAAACAGCACCUGUAUCAUUUCUCCUGUUUCUCACUGGGGUUAGCGUCCAUGAAAUGACUAAUUUUUGUAUAUUUGCAGCAUUAAAAGCAGAUGUGUUAUUGCUGUGUUCCAAAGACAUGCUAAUACACCCCUGUGUUAAUAGGCUGAGAGGGAGUCAGUCUACUGAGCGAUGUGGCAAAUGAAUAUUGAGUGUUUUUUUUGUUUUUUUUCCCAAUUCUUACCCUGAAUUUCAAUUGAUUUGAUUUGAAUUGAUUUUCCACAUCAGUGAAUUGGAAUAACAGGGGGAGUGAAGGGCUGCAGCAAUUUCUACUUUUUCAGUGGUGCAUCCCAAUCACGUCCAAAAGAGGUUUGAUGUUUCUCGGCGUCCACAGAAACCUUCAACAAUGCUCUGAAAUGUCACGAUUGUCACAUGAACAGGUUUGACCUGCGUACGCAAGCUCUCGAUCCUACCACUAUAAUGAAACGUGUAAAAUGAUUAAUCAUAACUAUGAUUUGUUCUAACCCUUCUUUUAUCAAAUGGAUGUGAGAGAAAAGUGUCUGGGAAGUUUCCCAACAAUGACUCUGUCUCUUCUUAUAAUUAUGUGACUGUGUGCUGAAGAAUUGGCUUAAGCCCCCCCCCACACCCCCCGCUUACACCAACAGCUGUUUUUCUAUAAAGAGUCGUCGUCCAUGGACACAAAGGACACGGAUGGGAGGAAAAUGUCAACAGAUGCUUUUGUUUGCGUCUGCAGAGAGAACAUUUGAACAUGUAAAGGGAAUUGAAAAUAUGACGGUGGCCAUGCUGGAGUAUAAUAAGUCACCUGCUGCUUUCAUGAUGGUUUUUUUUUCCAUCUUUUUUUUUUUUUUUCUUUCUAAAAUGAAUUUUAGUAGGUGUUUGGGGGAUGAAAGGAAUGAAUGGCUGUCCUUAUCUUAAUGUUGGAAAUCUGAAUUUGCCAAUAGGGCUGUCAGACGGCAUUAUAUAUAAAUAUAUAUAUAUAUGGCUUUUUAAAUCACUGUCAAUGACUGCCAGUGGAUGCUAGCAUAGAAAAUGACUUGUUUCUCCCCUCCACAUUGAGGUCCAUGACACAAUUAGCAAAAUGUGUUUGCUUCAAACAAAACAAAAAAAAGUUCAAUGUGUAAUAUCAGAUAAAACAGGAACAAAGGAGUAAAUCCAUGGAUAUAAACGACACACCUGGCUGGCUCUGAACAAUAUAAAUACUAUAUUAAGCCUUAUUUUAUGCAUGUUUUUGUGUUGGAGUGAAUGUGCGUAUUUUGCUAUUUUUUUCUGUAUCAAUUUGCAGUGCGUUUGUCCUCAUUUGCAGCUGAAAAGGCGACACUUUGUCAGUGUCGUCAGUAUUGACAGAGGUAAAGAGUUCAUGGGCACACAGUACCCAGGAACAAUAUUGCAGUUAACACACAAAAAAGUAUAUAUAUAUAUAUAUAUAUAUAUAUAUAUAUACAGAUAAAAAAAAACAACAUCUCUCAGAGAACAGCCUUCUCUGUCGGCUGGAGAUGUGAAUGUUUUACAGCCCAUGCUUGUCUGUAUGUUUUUAGAUGAGCAUGUUAAUCAUGAGCCUCAAUUUAUAUAUUGUAUUUUCAACACAAUUUAAAAUUACAAAGUGCGAAAUAUCAUGUUCUGAUUAAAAGUAUGUUGAUUUCCGUUUGGUUAGACUUUCUGUUGGUUUCAGUUUACUUCAGUUUUAUCCUCUACGGCCUCGUUUCUGUUGUUCAGUGUAUCCACUUCAGUUUGACAACAUACGCAAGGAUUUGCAACAGAAAGUUUCAGAGCGGGAAAACUAUAAUGACAGUCGCUGGGUUGUUUUAAAGUUCAAAAGCAAAAAUCACAAUUGAAUUGCCUUUACUUUAUGGUUCGCCUGCAGGUGAGCUGAUUUGCUGUGACUUCUUAAUUCCACAUAGUUUGCGUGUCACAGCAUAAAAGAGACAAACGUUUUUAUCUUUUCUUCCUGCAUUCAGUGCCUAUCAAGGACAGGAGACAUGAGCUAGUCUGAACAGUUGCUGCUCCAUCGUUUGAGUUAUUCAUGCCGCAGGAUAACAUAAUGAGUAAUAUUGAAGUAUGGCAUGGACUGCAAACCUCUUUGAAUCAGACGAGUGUUGGUUCUUUACUUGCAGUGACUUGUAGUUAAUACAGUGGGUAUGUUAUUCUACAUUAUCCCAGCCCCUGCUAAAUACUAACAAUGUGUCUGUACUUGACAUUUAAAUCAAUUGGUCUUCGAAAAGCUGCAUUCAUUACCAUUUUAAAGUUUAAUGCUGACACUGGAUAGUUUAAGUCCUUAAAGAGAUCAGACUUUUGCAACUUACUAGUCACACAUGGCUGACUUUUCUAAGCACAACAAUUGAAACGCUAAUCUAGUGACAAGCGAUUUCAGUUUCAAAAAAUGCAACUUUGGCCCAAAGCAAAGAUCAACUCUACCCCCUUUUUAAAGCACAAGUUUAAGGUUUCCAUUUCACCUUUUGGUCUGCAUCCGUUGUGAAACCACUGCCACACUUGCUUCUCAGACAUGUUGGAGAAAGAGAGCGAAACCUUUCGGGUUGGAGUCGGCAUUCUGUAUACUGGUAGAUGUGAACAUUGUCUUCAUGUUGUCGGGUGUUAUGAGUUCCUAUUUUUGUAAUACUGACUGUAACUUCAUUCCAUCCUAAUCUACUUUUUGUAUUCAGUGUGUUUCAACAUUCCACUGUAAAUACUGUACAUACGGUUGAGAUUAUAGUUGGGAUUUAUUUAGGGACAACUGCGUAGGGACCCUGUUCAUGUAAAAUAUACCUAUUUUGACUGCAAACAUAGAGACUGGAUGAUGGCUAGAUGAAGUCGAUGCAUAGCUUAUUUCCAAAGUCCCACCUAGAAAUGCUCCUCCGGUACGUUUUUGAUAUGCCACUAGAGGCGUCGCUGUUAUACAAAAGGGGUGACGCGUACAGUUUGUCAAAUUUAAUGUUAUUGAAAGAAAAAAGAGAGAAGCUGUCUGUAUGCAGCCAUGUGAAUGUAUAUUUCUGAGGGUGUUACAAAUAUGGAAAAAAAUCUCUUGUUCAAUUGUGAUGACCCAGUGAAGUAACUUGUAUUUGUUUUACGCAUUAAAUGAGUUCAAUAGUCAA